UACACAUGCCCGCGGUUGCGGUGACUCGUCAACUCUGUCCUGAAAAGCCUGUCCAGUUUCCCUGUAUUGUAUCCUAACACUCCGUUUUCAAACAUUCGCGACGCACAACACACAGGCUGCCCUUAAGCGCUAAGAAGCUGUUUACCGGUGGCCUUGACAACAGCCGCCGCCGCACUAUGCCUACUUAGAAAACUCACUGCCGAAGCACCGGCUUCGGGAGGCAAGCGCAAACUUGUACAAAUACUAAGAUUUAAAAUGGACGAAAGACACUGGUGGAUCGCUACCAAAGUGCAGGAAACAUUCCGUGUGUGUGGGAAGGACAGCCCGACGGAGCUUGAGAGCUUCUUUACACAGCCAGAACACCUCGAGCUGGUGGACGAGUUCUUGAAAGCUGAUGGCCUUGGCAAGCUGUUUUUCUAUGCCAGUACUGAAAACCAGGAGGAGAUCCAACUUUCCAGUCUCAACAUUGUAGAAAAUUUGGAUAAGAUUACAGAUUCACAGAAUGUCCAUAUACUUUAUUUUAUUCGACACAAGACACAAUUUGAUAUCGACCCUAUUAGAAUGGAACAAGAUAUUUUCUGUGGAGAAAUAAGGAAGAGUGUCAUUGAUAGUCUGAGAUCCCUUGUGAAUGAUAUAUAUAUUCCUCUGCUGAAAGCUCAGAAAGACUGGGGCAUCUGUAGCCAGCCUAAUGUUGCUCAGUUUCUAUCCAGCCUGGACAAAUAUGCAAUUGUACUACAUGACUCUGCUGCUGUUACAAGAUCUGAAAAGCAACAGAUUUUAAAGAGACCAGUACGGCUAGUGAGUGCCGAGCUCAUGCAACAGAGGAUGAUGGUCUUUGAUUCAGAAAUCAUUAGUGAAAACGAGACUAUUCUGUCGGAUUGGAUGAAAACACUUGAAGAAAUCCUUAAAGAAGGUGGAGAUGACAGGAUUCUAGAUAUAAAUACCACUCCCAUAACUGAACUUGAUCGAUGGAGGAGGAGGCAAAGGACACUGGAAUCCAUCAUGGAGCAACUAAAAGGGAAAGAAUGUAAAAAUGUCAUUGGCCUGCUCAUUGCCACUAAAUCACGUCUUCUGAAAAAGUGGAAAGCCUUGGACAUAAGCAUUACAGACAUAGCAAAUGACACUAAAGGCAAAGUCAAAUAUCUUGAAGCACUCAGCCGUCAUUUUGAAGCCUUAGCCAAUGAAAACAACCCAGCAAAUUUGAUGAAUACUGUUCUACCAGGAAUAUUUACUGCUUUCAAGCAAAUGGAUACAGUCUCCCGAUUUCUUUCACGAAAUGGUUAUUUAGGUCUGCUGCUUACAAAGAUAUGUAAUCAGUUAACACUGACUUGCAGAGACUUCCUGCAUGAAGCCAUCCUACUAGGCGAGUCUGAUGACAGACUGUGGGAAAGAAUUGAAGAAGAAAUGGCAAGAGAUGAAUAUAUUCCAGUACAAAUGUCUCUACAUCUGAAGGGCAAGACAAAAGAAAAGAGGCUAGAGAGUGACAAUAACCAUUCCUCUAUAUAUAAUAGAAUACAAACCUGUCUGAUGUUGCAGACCUAUCUUCUAGAUGCUUUACGCCAACUGCGGGAAAAUCUGGGAGGAUAUCAUGGACUCCACCAUUUCUCUUCUUCUAGUUCUCUGUCGACAAUGCAGGGAAAACCACCUUCAGUUUCAGCUGGAAGAAAAGCUAGCCUAAGAAAGGCUUCUUUAGCAUCAAGCAUUGAUCAUGAUUACCAUGGGGCAGGAGUAUCCCUGACAGAUGAAGAGAGCAUAAUGCACAACUUGGAUGCUUUCUGCUACAAGCUCAGACAGUUUUGUCAUGUUCUUGUCACUCUUCAUCAGUACAAAAUUCUCUCUGAUCAAACUAAAGGUAUAUUAAAACCAAAUCAAGAUGAUCUUUCUUUAAGUGAAUCAGGUGAAGAAGCGCCAUUAAAUGAAGCAUCAAAAACUAUGAUAAGAAAUGUUGAACAUUUAGUCAGUGUUUUCUGUGUAUAUAUUCAAGAUUCCUUAAAGGCUGACUUUGCUCCUCAUUCAUCUGAAUCCUGGCGAACUGGCCUAAAUGUGGCUCCAUUGCAGACUCUAAUAGAAGAAGAUGAAGGUCAAAGUAGCACUGAGAUUCCUGUUUCCUCCCAUGAGCUUAACUGUGAAAGAUUGUCUCCCGUAGAGGAAAACACUGAUAGUCUUAGACAUGAGAGUGAUGAUGAGGAACAAAACGAGGAAGAAAACACAUUGUCAUUUGAAGAAAAGAAAAUACUCCAAAACCUGUAUAACUGGGAUGAUCCAGAAGAGGAAGGCCAGUGCCUACCAUCUGUUAUCAAUGAAUACUUGGCCAAUUUGAUACAAGCCAUGUCAUCUGGUAUUACAGCUGAUGUGUUGUUGAAUGUUGAGAAGAGGGAAACAGAUAAGUUUGAAGAUGCAUAUUCAGAAUUUCUUGUAAUGAAUCAGGCAUUGGAGAGAUAUAUUACUGUUUACAUGCAGGCAGUAUUCCUGAGAAAGAUGCGCACUGUAGAAGCAAUUGCCUUUUUAAAAAGAUUUACUGCUGUUAGUCAACGCCAAAGUAUUCAGCCAAUGAUUACUGAAUGCUAUGUGGAAGCUUUGAAUUGGUUUUAUGAUGAAAUUAAAGAAGUUCAAGAGACCUAUGAAAGACACAAGGAUGACCCCAUAUUACCCAGGAAUAUCCCCCCUGCUGCUGGUGCAAUUUAUUGGUCCAGACAGCUAUUAUCCAGAAUUGAAGAACCAAUGAAGGUUUUCAAAGAAAUGAAAGUUAAGAUUUCAUCCUACAGCUACUCUCAAACAGUAAAAUUGUACAACAGAAUUGCAGCAGCACUGGUUACAUAUGAAACUCUGUGGUAUCAGGAGUGGAAGUCUCGUGCUGAAGGAUGUCUUCGAGGACUUAAUGCCACAUUAUUAAUACGAGAUCCCAAUACACAAGAACAUUUAGUUAACAGCGAUCAAAGAAUUCUUCAGCUUUUUGAAGAAAGCAAAUGGAUGUCUAAAUUGAAACUACAGGUUCCUCAGUCAGUUUUGUUAUCUUUAAAGCAGGAGAAAAAAUACAAAAUGUAUAAAAGACACCUUGAAGAUCUUCUGAAAGAAUUUCAACAAAUUAAGAGGGCCAUUCCAGAAUGCUUGGCAUCAGAAUUCACAGUUUAUUUGGAGGCUGUAAACCAAAGUUUUCAGCCAGGUCUUUCAGUAUUGUCCUGGAGUAGCGUUGACAUUGAAGCUUUCUUACAUCAGGCUUAUUCUGACAUCUCCAGGCUUAAACACCUUGCUGAAACAGUAUUAAGAAUAAAAGAAGAUGUAAUUGACGGAAUUUUAGCUGUGAUAUACAAAUCAGUGCUAUUCAAUGGUGAUGAACUACUUUCAGGAUUAAUAAGUCCAGAAGAAUUUCUUCAAAGGUGUACAUCAUUUGUGCAAAAGAGCAAAGCAGAGUUAGAAAGUAAAUUAAAAACCAUAAUGACAGCAAUUUCAGAUAUAAGAUUUAUUAUCUUUAACACUAAGGGUACAGGACCUGGAUUGACCAAAGAUCCAGUCCAGUUGAAGCCAUCAAACAAACAAUCUCAUUUACGAGUGCAUCAGACAUUAUCUAAAGGCAGACGACAAGCUUCCCUGUCAUCUAAUUCUUACAAGAGUGAUAGCUUUGAGGAAAGUGCCAGUCCCUUGCAUGAAUAUUUCUAUGGGGAAAUCUGCCAUGCCAUAUUUGGUUGCAUCUUUCAUUCCCUCUUGGUUUUGGCUUAUGUGUCUGGUUGUGAGAUGUCCAGAAUUACAAAAGCUACUCUGAAUUCCCAAAAGCGACACCAUUCUGCUGCCUUCAAGGACACGGACAAUGUUUCCAAGAAAAAUAACACUUUCACCAUGUUUACUGAAAAUUACUUGUCAGAAUUUCUGCUGAACCAUGCUCCCUCAAAUCAGCUAAGGUGUCAUCUUAAACUGAGGCUGACCAUUCCAAACAUUACUAUUGAUCCUUCAUUAGAAGUCGCACAAGAGGCUUUGAAAGAGUCUGCUUCAGUAAUACUGAACAUAACUGACAUUGUAAGAUGUUGGCCAGGAAAAUCCAAAGACCAGGUGCUGUCAGUGGCAGUGAAAGAAGAUGAAGACAUUAAAGUAAUUGUUAGCCACAUUGGCCAUGUCAUUAGUAAUUUGAAGCCUGUUAUAGAAAAACACAUUUUCUCGUAUAGUUAUUAUGAUUUUCUUUGGAAAGACGACUUGAACAGUCAAUUUUCUGAAAUGACAUCGAAAAAUCCUGAACAUUUUAUUAUUACUAGAGAAGUUGAGCGUCUUCAGAGUAUUGAAGGGAAAAUACAAGACAUCCCAGCUGUCUUUCAAGGAGGAUGCAUUUGGUUGGACUGCUCACUCAUUAAGGACUCCCUGGCUGGUUUUGCAGGAGUGUGGAAGUUUACAUAUGCUUCAGUACUUCAUCAAGAAGCAAGAGAAAGAUUAAAUGAAAUUUUACAAUAUAGAAAUAAAGGGUAUCAGCAAUUAAUGACUGAGGUUCAGUCUCUUAAACAAUUAAAUAAUGCACUCUGUCUUUUGGAAGAACUGCAAGACAUGGAGAAUAAAAUUGACAUGAUCUACCAGCCUGUUGAGAGAAUGUACAAGCAACUCAGAUCGUACCAGAUGAGGCUUUCAAGAGAUGAAACCACAGAAGUAGACAAUCUGAGGGAGAACUGGGCAGAAUUAAUGAGUUUGGCAGAAAAUGUAAGAAAAAAACUACUAAAAGAGAAAAAAAUCAUAUUUGAGCAAGAGCUGGAUAAACAAGUCAAGAGUUUUAGUGUUGAUGUCAUUCAGUUGAGAAACUUGUUUGAUACUCGAGGUCCUGCAGCUCCUGGACUAAGACCAGAGGAAGCUGUAUAUCAGUUACAAAGAUUCCAAGAAAAACUGUUUGGUGUGACUAUGACAGCAUUUCCAGAGCUUGACAGGACAGGAAAGGACUUGAGGCAUCUAGGUGCACUCUAUGAAUUGUUUCAAAAAUUCCUUGCCUUUGAUCAAAGAUUCAGGGACACCUUGUGGGCUGAAGUGGACUUACCACAGAGCACAAAGGAGGUUAGAGACUACUGGUCUCAGUGUCAAGCCUGGAAUGACCAGCUUACAGAUUGGGAUGCCUACAAUGAAAUGGCCAGGCAGAUCAAGUUCUACAUUGACUGCAUUCCCAUGUUACACAUCCUAGCCACAAAGGAAAUUCGUAACCGUCACUGGCUUCAGGUGAUGGCUGUUACAGGAAGUUCAUUUCCACUAGAAGCCACUGUGUUUAAGCUUCAUCAUUUAUUAGAUAUUGAUCUUCUGAAGCAUCAAGAAGAUAUUAUUUCAAUAGCCAAAGCAGCCACUGAAGAGUUACAGCUGGAAAUGAAAAUGAGGACAAUUGAAGAUGAAUGGACAGAGCAUGUUCUAAACUUUGAACUGUACAAAAACUAUGGACCUGUCCUUUUGGUAAAAGAGGACACACUUCAGACUUUAGAGCAAGUAGAGAAUACAAGGGUCCUUCUAGCUCAGAUGCUGACAUCAAAGCACAUUGGUCCUUUGAGAGAAGAUGCAGCUUCAUGGUCUGAAAAGUUAAAGGAAGUUGGCAUGGUUUUAGAAAUUUGGAUUGAAGUACAAGAUAUGUGGCACAAUCUGGAACCAAUUUUUACUAUUCCAAGCAUUUGGAAGGAGCUACACCAAGAUGCUAAGCGAUUUAGUAAAGUGGACAAAAACUGGAUUAAAAUGAUGCAUUUGGCAAGUAACACAAGAAACAUUCUACAGUGCUGCUGUGCAGAAGAAGCAUCCAAAGAGUUUAUGCUGAAGCAUAUGUUUACAGACUUGGAAACUUGCUGCCAGUCACUGGCUAUGUUCUUGGGCCGUAAACGUCAAGCUUUUCCACGAUUCUACUUUUUACCAGAUUUUGUUCUUCUUUCCUUUUUGAGUUGCCCAACAGACUUCAGCCUUCUAUGUAACCAUUUCAGUCUGAUAUUUAGUGGCAUCCAUAAUGUGAGAUUGGAGUCAUCCAGUAAUAUUCAGGGUAGCAGUAGCUCUGCAGUAGAACAACUUGACACCAUGAUGUUACCUGGGCUUACUGAGAGACUUGGAUCUGCCAGCGUGCAAAGUUUAGCUCACUACACUGACAAUGAGAGUGUUGUCUCCAGAUCUGCCAGAUCAAUUGGUUUAUCAGUUGAGAGCCCAGUUUCUACCAACAACACGGACCCCAAAAACUCUUUGCAGAUUGUAUCUGUAAUUUCAAAAGAUGGUGAAAGUCUAGAUCUAACAGAAGAGGUUCCUCUGUCUUCAGCUAUAGAGGAAUGGCUUGCUCAGUUACAAAAAGUGAUUGCCACAACUCUGGAAACCUGCAUUGGUAAAGCAGCCUCUGAUGUCAGGCAGGGAGUUAAUGUUGAUGAAUGGACAUACAAGUAUCCUUUCCAAAUAGCAAGAUUAGCCUUGUUAUACUGUUGGACAGCAGACUGUGAAGCAGCUAUCAUAGAUCUGAAGUCUGACCGCAAGGCUUUUCCUGGAGUUGUAAAGAAAUACUCUGGAAUUAUCUUUCGUCUUUCAUCCAUUCUCUCCAAGAAAACCUGGAAGCAUAACAACGAUCCUGUAACAUGCAGUCAAAAACAAAAAGUGGAAAACAUGGUGAUGUUUGCAGUUUAUCUUCGUGAUGUUCUGGAAAGUUUAAACACACGAAAGGUCAGAGAUGUGACAGAUUUUGAAUGGAGAAGAUCACUGAGGUUUUACUGGGAUGAUAAUGAUGGAAACAAUGCCCACAGAUUAUGCAUUCAUGAUGCUCAGUAUGAGAGUGGCUUUGAAUUUUAUGGCGCGUCAGUCAAUAUUACGCUGAGUCCUGUUACAGAAAAGGCAUUCUUUGCUUUGUCACAUAUUCUGAAAAGUGGAAAUGGUGUAAUUGUUCAAGGUGAUCACAGUUCUGGGAAAACUGAGACUGUUAAGAUUGUGUUGAACCAAAACUUCAGUUUAUUCUUGACUGCACAAAGCAAGACAGAAUAUAAGAGCCUGCCCAGCGAUAUCCUGGCUUUAUUCCGGACAGUCUCCUUAACAUUGCCAGGUUACAGCUUGAUCUUCAAAGCACAUCUCACAGCCUUGGGAUUUAAGAGCCCAAAGAUGCUAUCCCAUCGGUUACAGCUUGUAACUGAUCUCAUCAAAGAUCAACUGCCAGAGAAGAUACAUCAUUAUUUUAGUUUAGCAUCUUUAAAGAUGGUCCUUUACCGUGCUGCACAAAAGAAAGACAUUGAUCAAGAAGAAAGAACUGAAGGAAGACAAGAUAAAGUAGAAAUUAAGCCUGAAACGGGGAGGACUUCUCAGUGUAGCAGCAUCACUUCUGCCCAAGCUUUAGUGGCUUCUGCAAUCAGCCCAUCUCUUAGUCUAAGGAUGGUUCAGAGUCCAGAUAAAAGAGGGAAGACAGCCAGCUCUAAUGCCAUGACCCCCGUGGCAAGACUAGAGCAUGCUUUAAUAGGAGAGACCCUUCAUGAAUGUCUAGCACCAAGGAUGGAAGGAGAUCUUGAAAAUGUUAAACAAAUGAUCAUGAACCGUAUUGAAAUAGAUGAACAAUCGGCUUCUGCCAUGGAUGAAAAAGUAAUGGCUGCAAAAUCAGCGUGCAAAGUGCUUGUGGACAAACUGGCAGCACUGGAAGAUAGAUAUAGAAGGAACAACAUCAGAAUUGAAAGUCUUCAUGAAAAACAGGAAAAUCCAAAUCCAGAUCUUUUGGUGUUUAGCCAGAUUGUAAGAGAUGUCUUUGGUGAUAUUGUGGACCUGUCUAAUCAAGAUUCCUACUUUCAAUCAUCACCAAAUGGCCUUGAAAAAGCUAUUUUAAAAGCAGCAAAGAACAAUAAUCUAAUCCCUCAUACUCCAUGGGUUAAUAAAGUGAAACAACUUUUUACCCUGAGUCAGGUCAAUCAAGGUAUUAUUGUGGCUGGUCCACCAGGCGCUGGGAAGAGCUCUUGCAUCACUACUCUGAUACAUGCUCUUAGUUUAAUUUCCUCUGGUAACCAGCCUCAGCUAUCCAGUGUUCCUGUAGCUGAUAAAAUGGAGCCAUAUGUUCAUAAACUGAUUAAAUUCAGCCCUCUAGCUGUUGAUGAUUUUACUUUGCUCUUUGGCUCCCAACCACCUUCACAAAACUGGAUAGAUGGUAUCAUAACAUACACUUGGAGAAAAGCUUUUAGGACAUGUAGCAAUACUUGGAUUUGCUUUGAUGGACCACUGAACUCUAGCUGGAUGGACAACUUCAGUAGUGUACUAGGAAGUGAAAAGUUUAUGCAGCUAAGCAGUGGAGAACAUAUCCACUUAAACAGCAACAUGCAUCUUCUUUUUGAAACAUGUGACCUUGAACUUGCUACACCUUCAUCCAUUUCACAAACAGGCAUAUUAUACAUUGACAGUGAUAUUACUGGAUGGCGGCCUUUAGCCAGUGCUUGGCUAAUGAAACGAAAUGAGCAAGAAAACAGUGUUUUAUCAAAAGUUUUCAACACUGCUUUGGAUCCCAUUUUUAACUAUGUUCUUCGGGAGAUAAAGUACCCCAUUCCUCUGACAGAAGUGGGCCUUUUUCAAACAAUUUCUAACCUACUUGGAGCCAUGUUGAAUGACAAGGCACAAAGCUUAGGAGGUCAACUCCACAUUGAAAGACUCUUUCUUUUUUGCCUCAUAUGGACAGUAGGAGGACUCUUGCAAGAUCAUGAUAAAAAAAAAUUCAGCGAUGUUUUAAAAAUUCACUCCACAAGUUUACCAGACUAUGAUGAAGAGAUUUCAGUUUUUGAUUACUAUGUUGACGAGUCAGGAGAAUGGGAGCUUUGGACCUCACAUCUCUCAGAACAGAACCGUGCAAUUCAUACAGAUGUUCUAGGUGAAGUGUUUAUUGAAACUGUGGACACGCUAGCAGUUCGUACCUUCAUGGAAUAUGCUAACAUGGCAUCCCAGAACAUCCUUUUAGUAGGUCCACCAGGCUGUGGGAAGACAACAUUGCUCAAUGAUUUUAUCAGCGGGCAAGAAAAAAUCAAUGCAUUAAUUAAAAGAACAGUAUUCUGUGCAACAUCAAAAGCUAGAAAUCUUCAACAGAUUUUUGAGGAGAUAAUUGUUCACAGACAAGGUUUUGUUUAUGGUGCAAGAGAUGGGAAAACCUUGCAAAUGUUAAUUGAAGACAUCAACCUUCCAGAGUCUCAAUGCUGUGGGGAGUUUUUGAGACAGAUUUUGGAUGAUAAGAUGCUACUGAAGCUGAACAAACCUUUUGAAUGGCGGCUCAUCACAGAUCUUGUAGUUCAAGCCACCAUCUCUUUGCCUGAAUUCCCAAAUGACAACAGCAUUUCUAAGAGGCUUUUGAGAAACUUUGCAGUGUUAUACCUCCCCUCUCCUGAAGGAGCAAAACUAAAACAAGUUAUAUUUUCAGUUCUACAGGCAAAUAUGGAGAAAAAUAAUGCUCAGCAAUUGGAUAGCAAUUUACAUGCAGCGCUGGUGUCUGCUUCGUGCAAUCUUUUAGAAUCCGUCAAGUCAUGCCUUUGCAGAUCAACAAGUCCAGGAAGACAACAUUAUCAAUUCUGCUUAAGAGAAAUUGCUAAGACUUUCCAAUGUUUAAGUAGAUUGUCAAACAAAGAUCGCCAGGAUGCAGACUUGGUAACAUCAUUUUGGAAGCAUGAAAUUAAACACAUUUUUGGAGACCGACUAUGCCAGCACUCUGAUCUUAGAUGGUUUCAGGAAAAUCUCAAAAACAUUGAGGAAAAGCAUCUCUAUGGUCUCCAAUUUAACAAUUUGCAUGGCAACUUCAUAACAUUUCCUAUUGAAGCAGAAAUAUCUAAAAAGCCAUUUGGAAAAAGUGACAUCAAAUUCCAGCUUCAGAGGGUGGAGCAAAUGCAUGAUGUGCAGAGCUAUGUUCGGACUUAUCUACAGCAAUACAAUGGAGAGCUGGAAAAUGACCCACUGCAGGUGGAGCUGUCAGAAAACACAUUAGCCCUCAUGGUCAGAAUUCACAGAGUCUUAUCUUAUUCACACAGUGGCAACGUUGUUAUCAUAGGUUCUCCAGGAAGCUACCUAAGGUCACUUCUAAAACUUAGUCUCUACAUUGCUGGAGUGCCUCUUCUGCAGUUAGACACAUCACAUAAAGCUAAUUUCUUCAGCUGUCUUAAAUUAGCAAUCCAACAGGCAGCAACAGAAAGCAAGGCCUCUGCUCUACUGCUGACUGCCAGAGAACUUGAAGAUCCAUUCUGCCUGGAUAUUGUGAAUAGCAUUUUAAUUAGUGGAGAAUAUUCAUCCCUAUUCUCUACAGAGGAAAUGCAAGAUCUUGUAAAGAUGUUGAACUCCUCAAUUCAGAGAGAACAACCACUGCUAGUAUACGACCCAUAUAACUAUCUGGCCUCCAAAGUGAAGUUGUACAUUCACUUCCUGAUAUGCCUACCACCUCACCAUAAACUUCUGGGAUGUGAUUCACACAAAUACCCUGGUUUUAUGUCUGGAUGUCACGUUAUAUGGAUUAAUGACUGGUCAAAAGAUGCUAUAUACGCUGAGGCUGCACAUUAUAUUGGUGAACACAAUAUUUUGGAUGAACACAUAGAAGAAAUAAGGCAAACUGUUGUAAAUGUGAUGACUGCGAUUCAUCGUGAGAUGUUAUUAGGACUCCAGCAGAUCCCUUGGGCCGGAAAUGACACCCCAACUGUAACACUAACCACAUACAGGACGCAGAAAACAGAAAAAGACAACAAAGAGGCUGUUAUUGCAGAAAGCACGACUGUGCCAAAUUUGCCAUAUUCAAAAGCUAUUGUAAAGGAAAAAACUGAAACAAUACAGAAAGGGAGAUUGGGGAAAGUGUUUUGUGGACACAGCACCUUCAGACACUUCUUGGAAACCUUUAAAUAUAUAUAUCAGUUAAAGUGCUCAGAGCAGGAGAAAAGUGAUAAAUUAUUCAGGAAAGCUUUGGAAACAUUAAAUCAGACCCGUAUUGAUAUAAAUAACACCCAACAACUGGUGUCAGAUUUAAUAAAACAAUAUGGUGAUGCCAAGACUGCCGCAGCAGACAUACUAAAUAAACUGGCUUCAAAAGCUUCAGCACUGGAACAACUUAAAGGACAACUAGGUAUGGGUGCAGAAAGCCUGCAGGUUUUUCUGACACAAGAAGAAUCUGAUUCUGAAGAACUUGAGGAGGAAGAUCUGCUUAAAGAUGACACAGUGGAUGAAUAUGAUGAGGCUUUUUAUAAAAUGAAGGAAAUUAGCAGUAAAUCUCAAGCAAAUAAAUUAUAUGAAGAUUUAGAAAAUGCAAAGUAUGACUUGGAAGAAGCAAGAAAUAACUUAAAACAUGCCAAAAAUCAGGUGAUGCAUUGGUGUUCUAAGGUUGAUAAAAGCUGCAUAGAAAGAAUAAUUCGUUGCCAAAAUCCACCGUUCCUCCUUGGUCAGAUAUUAGAAAUGGUGCUUGUGAUGCUGGGCCUUUUACCUUAUGCACAUGAAAUGGAUCUUGAGACUGCAAGGCCUCUAAGAAUAUCUACUGAGUUUUCAGAGGGCAGGCGAUCCCAAAAAUCUAUGGCUUCUUUAUCUGCUAGAAACUCAAAAAAGUUGAUUACAAAAGGUUCUAAGAUGGAUAUCAAAGAAAAAGUAGACAAAAACUGGUGGAAGGCAUUACAAAACUAUGUUAAUGACAGCAGCAAGUUUGUAGAAUUGAUACAUAAUAUAGCACAACUGGAGGAUGGCCUUCAAGAUGAAGUUCUGAAAGAGGUGGAGGCUUACCUGGCAAAACCAACAGAAGGAAACCUAGGGGUCACUGGAGAAGGUUCUUUGUUGGCUGAUGCUGCACCAUAUGCCACGCCCCAGACUAUCACUCCGGCCAAAAAGUUCUCUGCAUCAGACAGCAACACUGGAAAAGGGGGGAUUACCAUUGCUGCAGCAAGGUACAGUUCUGAGGAAGCAGCAGUCCUGGUUGCUUUUGUUGUGGCACUUGUGGAGUAUACCCACCUCUGUGGACCCUUGAAAGCUUGUUUAAGACGAGUUCAAGAGCUUGAAGGAGAGAAGCAAGAUCUUGAAAUUCACAAGCAAGAACUUGAAACGCCUUCUGAUAAAAUGGAAGACCAGGAGGAGACUGAGUCAGAAAAAAUAUUGUUUACUGAAAAUGACCUGCCGCUACUCAUUACAGAGGUUCAGCAGCUUCAGACCGAGUAUGACAUUGCUAUAGCUCACAAGCACAAGCUGGAAACUGAAUUACAGUCCCACAAGGAAAACCUGCAUGCUGCUCAAAACAUAUUAAAGAAUUUGAGACUUCUUGAGCAACAAUGGAAAGAAAGUGCCACACAAUUUUCUACAACUGAUCUGCUUACCAAUUGUUUAAUAGCUGCUGCUUUUGUAACCUACUGUGGACCAUUCAAUGCAGAUGGCAGACUCUUAGCCAGCAAGUUGUUCCUGGAAAAAUGUUCAGAAUGGGGACUGACUCUGUCUCAGAAGAUCUUAUUUAGAGAAUCACCUCUUAUGCCUUUUUUGUUUCAUCCAAUUGAAAUCAAGAGGGUCCAAAUGAAUGGUGCUGCCAUGAAUUUGAAUACAGAGACAAUAUCUUGUAUUCUUAAGUAUGAAGACUGCUGUAGCACCUGGGUAUUUUUUUGCGAUCCCACUGCAGAGUCGAUUGAGUGGGUUAAAAGAAACUUUUUACCUAAUUGUGUGGAAGUCAGAUAUCAUGAACUGCAGUUUCAGCUUGACCUGUGUUUAACAGAAGGGCUUACUCUGCUCCUCACUUACUGUGAUAUGCAGAGCUUGGCAUCUGAUUCAAGGUUUUCUGAAGUGCUUCGCUCAAAAUCAUUGUUCAGAAGAAAUAAAACAGCUUUUAAAAUAAAGGUUGCAGAACAUGAAGUGGAGUGUCGCCCAAGCUUUAGACUUGUGCUUCACACUGCAGCUUUACCAGAACAGAUGCCAGCUGAAGUUGCAGCCUUUUGCAAGCCAGUGUAUUUUGACCAGGAUCGGAGUGGGCUGAGGGAACAGCUUCUGGAUAGGUUCAUACAACUGGAGAAAAUAAGACUGGGUGAGGAGUAUAAAUCAUUGCAGGAGGAAUAUCUAGACAACAUGCAAGAACUUUGGGAUAUGGAAACUAACAUUGUGAAGAUACUGUCCACCGAAAAAUCUCUUCUUAACAGCCUCACCAUAAAUAAGAAGUUGUGUGACUUGAAGCAGCGCUAUGAAGAAGAAUUAGAAACAAAAUCGAGGCUUGAGAUAUCAGAAAAGUCAAUCUUGUCCAUAAAAGAAGGAUUCAAAGACAUAGCACUAAGGGGUGCGGUCAUGUUUGACAUAGCUUAUGCAUUGCGAAGGCUCAACUCACUUUAUCAUGUUAGCUAUAAUCAGCUUUUGGGAGUCUUUGAUAGCUCCAUUGCUAACUCUGAGAGGUAUUCAGUAAAAACCAUUGUGGAUCGAGUGACUUAUAAUAUAUUUUGCUAUGUUGGCAAGUAUCUUCUGGAGAAGGACAGAAUAAUAUACAGUCUUCUGUUAGCCCUAGAGAUGGAAACAUCCUUGGGUCAUAUCAGUCCUGGUAUGGUGGAGUUUAUUUUUUCUCCAGACCUUUGCUCUGAGGUAAUGAAAGCCAUUGGAGCAAAAACAUCAGAGGCAAGACAACAAGCCAAAAAUCCUUUUGACUGGAUGACAGAUGAACAGUUUAAGAAUGUGCAGAUUUUGGCUACAUAUUAUAGCUGGUUCUGGGAUCUAUUUGAUCGAAUGUACAAAGAUGGCAAAGAAAUGACCUGGAAGGCACUAUGUGAAAGUGACCAACCAGAGAAUUCAACAAAGGUGAAGGGUCCAGAAGGACUGGAUGAAUUAAGUCCUCUGCAGCGCCUGCUUGUUAUCAGAGCUGUGCGUAAUGACAGAUUCAUACAGGCAGCAUCACUUUUUAUAAGUGGCGUUCUUGGGAAAAAGUAUUCUGCUGCAAUUCCAAGUGAUCUUCAGAGCUGUCUCCAGCAAUCUAAAACCCAGACUCCUAUUUUGUUGCUGUAUGACUUUGAAGCUGAUGUCCCAUGGAGACUGGUUUCAGACCUUUCAAAAAAAAGGUCUUGUGCACUUCAGGUCAUCACUGUAUGUGACUCAAACUGUUCUGAGACAUCUAGAGUAAUGCAGCUAAUUGAGCAGGCUAUGGUCAAGGGAAAGUGGCUGUUGUUAGAGAAUAUCCAAAACUCACCUCACUUCAUGAUGACUCUGGAAAGUAUUCUUCAAGAAAAAGAGGAUGUGAAUAAAAACUUCCGCAUUUGGGUAUCUGCGCAAACAAGUUCGAGCUUAACAGUGAGAUUGCUUCAUUCUUCAGUCAAGAUUGUUGUAGAUACACCAAAGAAUAUAAAAGAUGGGUUGAUGAAGUAUAUUCAGCAAGUUGAUACAGAAAACUUGGAUGUCAUCAGCUACCCUGAGUGGCUUCCUGCUGUACACAAUCUUUGCUUCUUGCAUUGUGCUGUGAGAAUUCGAGCCACAUGUGGGGGUAUUGUGGGCUGGAACUGCAAGAAAAAUAUGACGUUUGGAAUUCAAGAAUAUCUGGAUGCACUACAGGCCCUAACGGAGGAGUUUCACAAUGAAGAUUCUGAGACUGAUGGAAAAGUCAUAUCCUGGACAGGGAUUAGGUACCUCCUGACUGAGAUCAUCUAUGGAAGACACAUAACAGAUGAAAAUGACAGACUUAGCUUGACUUCCCUAGUUGAUUUUUGGAUGAGUACCAGUGCAACUAAAAAGGAUAAUGACAUUACAAAACUGAGAUAUAGGAUCCCAGCCGCUUUCUUUAGCAGCGGCACUCCAGUCAACAUCCUAAUACAAGCCCUUGAUUCAAUCCCUCGCUAUUCAUUAGACGUACCUGAAGGAGUCAGCCUGCACAAUGCCCCCAAUCUACACUUUGGGGACGAGUACUAUGUAGCUAGUGAGCUGCAUGGCCUCUAUUCAUCUCUGUCUCCAUCUAGACUUAAAGAGUUCCCCUUGUCACAGACCUCUACAAUUUUACCAGAUUCUUCAUCACAUACAGGACAUGGCCUCCAGAAUGUCGCUCCAGUAACUCCUCUAACUUAUUAUCAACUGAAGUCACCCACAGAGCCAGAACUUUGGGAGAUCUGCAGUAGUAUUUUAACUAAACUUCCCAAGGGAUGGAGCAAAGAUGUAAUUAAUGAUCGACUUAAGAAACUGGGUGGAAAUACACCAUUCAACCUAUUCAUCAAGAAGGAGCUUAGCCAUCUCAUGAAUGUUCUUUCAGAAGUGAGAAAAAAUAUUCAGACAAUUAAGAACUGUACUGAAGCCUUGAAUAUAUUUGGAGACCGCCUGCCUCCAGCAGAGCUGAGUGUGGCCAGAGACCUCAUCCAGCAACGCGCUGCAAAGCACUGGCUUACCAUUGGGAAGAUGGCCUCUCCUGACCGAUACUGGACAACUAUGACCUGGAUCAGUGAUUUACAACAGCGGGUUCUGCACUUUGAGAAGAUUCUGCAGCUGGGUCAGGAGAAAAUGCCAACAUAUUGGCUUGGUGCAUUUAAAAAUCCUAAGGGCCUUCUUGGGAUUUUCAAACAACAAUGUGUAAGGCAGCAUGCUGAACGAACAGGAACAGUGGAGCCCAUGGUGUUCCAGACUGUCAUCACUCAAAGAGAUAAGGAACACAUGAGAGAUCCUCCACAAGAAGGGAUGUUUGUGUAUGGACUCUAUGUCUGGGGUGCAGCUUGGCACAAGACAGAGGCUGGUCUGAUAGACGCUUCUCCUAAGCAGAGCCCUGUUUCGCUACCGGUGAUUCACUUGCGCUGCAUGUCAAGAUCAGAGAAAGCCAACCAUGCAGAAGUCAACAAAACUACAGACACUUACCAAUGUCCUGUGUACAUGUCGAGCACUGGACCAAGAGACCCGAUUUUUCAUGUUGACAUUUGGAAAGAUAAUGUUCCUGCGGCUAGAUGGGCAUUACGAGGAAUGAAAGCCACCCUACAGCCGUUUUAAAUCUGCUUAAUCUUUAAAGCCAUAAAAGUAUGCCAGUUCUGCAUCAAGCUGCAUUGUCAUUUGUCCACAGGGUUCUUUUCAAUUGUCCAUGAAAAUGAAAUGUUGAAAACAUUAUAAAAUGAAUCUGUAAUAUAUAUGCAGAAAUUUUAAUUUUAUUAAUUAUUGCUUGAAUGGUGUGCUGCACACACUACUGAAUAAUGCUGAAAUGUGCCAGAGUGUAAAGUUUUGGUUGCAUUAAAUGUGUAAAGAAUGCC